UCAGGAGCGACGACUCAUCUUGCGCUGUACAGCCUUGAUCAAUCAGAAGGCCCGACACAUACGGUCCCACUUGCCGUGAUUGGUCGAGAGUGCAGGUAUGCUUUGUCGGAGCUCGGCGGCAAAAGGCAACAAAAGGACCGCCUGUAGGUAUAAAAACCCGUCGCCUGCCGGACACUCGCCACACCGACCACCGCUCGUGUUGGGAACGGACCUCUUCCUACUAUCGCUUUAUCCACGACACGCUUACGACGUACGGCCGACAACAUGCCGAUAGAGAAGUUCGUCGAGUCUUUCGCCCCUUCUCCCUACCAGUCUCGCAAGUCGUCCAAGCCUCUAAUGGAGAAACGUCGCCGCGCCAGAAUCAACAACAGUCUGAACGAGCUGAAGAAACUCAUUCUGGACACCUACAAGAACGACGUGAACUCUAGUUCCCAUUCCAAGCUGGAGAAGGCCGACAUCCUUGAGAUCGCCGUGAAGCACGUCCGCAGCCUGCAGAGGCAGCAGAUGGCCGCCUCCGCCGACCCCGCUGCGCUGGGCAGGUACCGGGCGGGCUACAGCCGCUGCCGGGCCGAGGUGGCCCGCUUCAUGGGCACGGUGGACGGCGUGGAGCCGCAGGUCAGGCAGAAGCUGCUCAACCACCUGGACAGCUGUAGCCAGAGGGUGGAAAACGCGGUACGCACCACCAGAGUUCAGCCUCCCGUCGACACCGCUCCGCGGACCGGCUACCUCCCCAGCCAGCUCCCGCGCCAGCCGUCUCCUGUUCCCGCUACAGUGUACGGCGUCGUCCCGGUCCCUAUGGUUCCUACUACAGUGAGUCUGCCGAGCCAGACCAUCCCCUCAAGUCAACACACAGUCCCGUACGUCAACAAGAUGAAGAAGAAGACAACACCAACUCCCGCCAGACUGUCUCCAGUGCACAUGUACGGACUCACACAUUCCCCGGUCGGUGCUGCAGAGAACGGACUCACCACCGCGACGACCAACCACCCCUCCUCGGCACGGACCGCAGCCCUCCCCGCCGGAUUCCCCGUCACCCUUCCGGUCAGCGAGACCGACAAGGUGUGGAGACCGUGGUGAACAAUGUACACUAUCAAUCCUGAACUUUGCUGCUGCAAAAUGCUGUAAUUACAUUGAAUGCGCAUAACGUGUUUC